GUGAAGAACAGCAUGAGCAGGCAGCACCAGCAGCCAGUCGUCUAGUGUAGCUCUUGGCAAGGCAGAACAGCAGUCAGGGUCACGAGAGGGCAACAUAUCAUGGCGUUCAUAUUAGUGAUUUAAGAUGGUUUAUCAGUGGAAGAACCAUCUUUUUUUUUUUAAUUUCUUUAAGGUAGAUCUGAAGGUGGGUCGGAUAUAUAGAUCCUGAUCUCUUGGACUUGUUUCGGCGAGAAGAGAUACGGUGUAUCACUGGUAAAUUUGACUGAUCCAUCACACAGCCAAGUGUACAGUUCCAUGCAGAGCAUGGAGGUGUGCUGAAAACGAGGUUGUCCCAUUUCAGUCCCCUGGUGAAGAUGUCAACCUUUUUCUCUUUCUCGGAAGAUUCCGUAGGCUGACCUUCGUUGGUCUUGGCUGGUUGUGUAGUAGAUUGAGAAACUUAAGAUGAUGGUUGUGCUGGUCAGAAGCAGUGGAGAGAGUGGUUGGAGGCUUGAGAGCCGAUGGGUGAUUGUAGAUUUUUUUGGUUUCGGCGAUAGAAGGCUUGACGGAAGUUGAGGUUGAUCGAAGAACGGUAGUGUGAACAGAGGAAGAUGUCAGGUAAGCUGGUGCAGCGAAGGUAACUGUUUGGGAUCAUCUUGAGGAUGUCGGCGGAAGGUGCAGAGUCUGGGAACUUGAAACUUAGUAUGUUGUUGAGACGGAAUAAUUCGUUGAUUGAAGUGCUGAAGGAACUUGGGUUAGCUGCACUGGCAAGAUGUGCAUAUACCAUGCAGUAAAGAACUUUAGAAGGAACGCCAUCUGGAAGCGGAGAAACGUAGUUACCGGGGGUUAACGCCCUCGCGGCGCAGUGCUUGACCUGCUGAGUGACUUGAGAAUCUUAGCGAUGGCGGCAUAAGUUGGAGAUUUCGUGGAGGAUGUUAUCUUCAAAUCUUCUUGAUUUGAAGAUAACGUCCUCCACGAUGGGAUUUUUAGCUACUGAGUUUGAAUCAGUAUGAAGGAGGAGGAUGAUCUACAGCUUAUAUUAACAUGGAGAGACCAUAAACAAGUUCUUUCACUGGUUAUGGAAACUUUGCGUUACAAGGAAUUGUUCGCUGAUGUUACCCUGAUCUGCGGUGAGAAACAGUAUGCUGUUCACAAAUUUGUUCUGUGUACUUGUAGUCCAUAUUUUGAGGAGUUGCUUGAGUGUGUACCAUGUGAACAUCCAGUGUUGGUUUUAACAGAAACCUCACAUGAAACUUUGGAGGCACUGCUUGACUUUAUGUACCUGGGCCAGACAGAUUUCUGUUCCAAAGAUUUGGAUCGACUACUUGAUCUUGCAUAUGAGUUCAGAAUUAAAGGAUUAAUUAGCCCCAAGGAUGAAGCAGACAGACAAAAACUUGAAAAGGAUUCAGUUAAGCAAGAGCUCUCUGAGGUUAUGCCAGAUAAAACCACCCUAUCAAAGGAACUUAAAAAGGGUUCAGUUCAGCAAGAGCUUUCCAGUGUGAUAACAGAUGACACCAAAUCAUCAAAGAGCAUUCAAGAGAAGAGUGAUAAAGAUGGAAAAAUUGUUAGUGGUGAAAAUGACAAAGGUAGUGUUAAAGGUGGCAAAGUUAGUGACAAAACUAAAUUAGAAGAAAGAAAUCUAAAGAAAUCUCCUAAAAUUUAUGCAUGUAAAAACUGCAAUAAAACAUUUGGGGAACCAGUCCAGUUAGAAAAACAUAUGGUGGUUCAUAUAGAAGAAAAGCUCUUAUCAUGCCCUGAGUGCCUAUACAGAACUCUAAGUAAAGUUACUUUAAGCAAGCACAUUUUAACACAUGUGAAAAAAAAGGCAUACUCUUGUCCAUACUGCCCAGAUCGCCACUGUCUUGAAAAGCAGCAUGUUUUACACCAGAGACGGAUGCAUCCACAGAUGAAGGUUGUCAUUAAUGAGUCUUCAGUACCAGGCUUGGGAAAAUCACUUCAUAAAAAGCCCAAAGUCAGUAAAAAUACAGUUAAAGAAAAAGUCAUGUCACUAUCACUACUUUUACAGAAAAUUCAUAAAUCUUCAGAAUCUGGCUUCUCACCAUUGCAGACUCUUGAAAGUAAUGCAAGUAAUAGAGUCAGUCCUUCACCAUCACCAACAGCAAAAGCUCUGAUUAGUCCAAUCUCUAGUGCUUCCUUAUCGCUACCAUCCAAAGUUCCAGAGUUCACUCGCAUGUCUCCAUCACUACCUACUCCUUCAGAGAUGGCAAAACAUACCAGAUCCAACUCCUCACCAUUACUUCCACCACCAGCAAAAGUUCGAAGAAUCUGUAGGAACAGUACAUCACCAUCAUCACCAUCAUCACCAUCAAGAAUACAGAAAAAAUCUAAAUCUAGCUCUUCCUCAUUACCACCAGCUGAAGUCAGAACCAGCAGAGAAAUUAUGUCCUCAUCUUCAACACAGAAGGUGCCAAAAAAUGCUGGCUCUAGCACAUCUGCAUCGUCAGUAGUUGGGAAAAGGAAGAGGUUGAGCAUAUCUCCUUCACCACCCCUAGAUUCCUCAAGAAGUUCUAGCUGCUCUAGCUCUUCAAUCAAAAGCCCUGAAUAUGGUCCUUCACCUUCACCACCACCAUCUAAAUAUGUAAGAAGCACAAGAUCUAACACAGUGGCAGAAUCAUUAAGACGGCAGUCUAGAGCGAAAUAAAUUAGUUUACAGUACUACUUGCAAGUCUUAAUUUUUUUUUUUUAUUAUCACACUGGCCGAUUCCCACCAAGGCAGGGUGGCCCGAAAAAGAAAAACUUUCACCAUCAUUCACUCCAUCACUGUCUUGCCAGAAGGGUGCUUUACACUACAGUUUUUAAACUGCAACAUUAACACCCCUCCUUCAGAGUGUAGGCACUGUACUUCCCAUCUCCAGGACUCAAGUCCGGCCUGCCGGUUUCCCUGAAUCCCUUCAUAAAUGUUACUUUGCUCACACUCCAACAGCACGUCAUGUAUUAAAAACCAUUUGUCUCCAUUCACUCCUAUCAAACACGCUCAUGCAUGCCUGCUGGAAGUCCAAGCCCCUCGCACACAAAACCUCCU